AUUUCCCCAGCCCGGCCAACAACGCUUCGAGGGCCAGGCCCAUCUUCUCCGCUAGAAACCACCACACGCACCGGAGCCAGAACCGCCGCCGCGCUCCGCUCCCAGCGUCUUCUCCUCGUCGCCGGUGUGCCCGACCGCCGCUUUCGAGUCUGAACAAUGGGGUCGAGGAGGCCGCCGCUCUCCGCCCUCGUCGACGAUUACGUGGUGCCCGGCGACGUCGUUCUGGACCUCUUAGAGAUGACCAACCAGACCAUCAAGCUCGGUGCCGGCUUGCGCCAGGAUUGUGAUACCAUCCAGGCGACCAGUGCCGGGAAGCUGCGACUGUCCAAGCCCAACAAAUAUUGGGUUGAGAGCUCCCAGAAGAGGUAUACACCUUCUGUAGAAGAUACAGUUCUUGGUAUUGUGGUUGACACUAAACCGGAUAAUUUUUUGGUGGACAUAAAGGGGCCUAAUUUGGCCUUUCUUCCCGUGCUUGCAUUUGAAGGUGGUACCAGGAGAAACAUACCAAAGUUCGAGAUUGGUACACUAAUAUAUGCCAGAGUCGUGAAAGCAAAUAGCAUCAUGAAUCCAGAGCUCUCGUGCAUGGAUGCUAUGGGGAAAGCUGCUGAAUUUGGUCAAUUGAAAGAUGGCUAUAUGUUUGACACAUCAACUAGCUUGUCACGGAUGUUGUUAAGUUCUCCAACAUGCCCAGUUCUGGAGGCCCUUGGGAAAAAACUUUCAUUUGAGAUUGCUGUUGGACUGAAUGGUCGAGUCUGGGUGAAUGCUCCUUCACCAAGUAAUGUCAUUCUUGUAUCAAAUGCAAUUAUAAAAUCAGAAUCUUUGAGUGGUAUAAAACAAAGAGUUAUGGUGGAAAAUCUCUUGGAGAGAUUGUCAUGAUGCAUUAUGAAUGGAUUUUAGAGGAUUGCUUGGCUUGGUGGCCCGGACGAUUGUGCAAACAGGAAGGGGCGGAAAUUGCUAUCGUAUCAACAGGGUACACUGGACGGAUCGUGGAUGAGGCUGGUAAAUCAGCUGGUUUUUUAAACUAGUUAGUAUUCUUUAGGGACUACUACAUGAUCUGGCCGUGUAUGAAGAUGCUGUAAAUUAGAUAUUUGCACAAGAUUGCUUGGCUAUCUGUUGAAAUAUGCUUGAUGGUUAUUGAAUUAUAAGUAUUUCAUAUUGAUA